UGUAACCACAGUGAGUGUGCUCUUUCUUCUUUAGGUUGACGGCUUCAUGGUUGAAAGAUGAAUCUCAAGCUUCUGGGUGACUGUGUGAGCGAUUCUGCUGUGAUGGAGGACAUUUUCCAACAGACCCAGUGACUCCUUCCACCGCCUAUGCAACUUGCUGAAUGUGGAAAGCCUAGGAUGGAAGACCCACCAAGUGCUGCUCCGAGGCACUGGAACAACACUCUCAACCUCCACAACCUACACCAUCUUGCGCACACCAGCACAACCAGCUGCUUCACCGCCAUCACCAACCAUACAGGGACCACCGCCACCGGGUGACAAGAUUCCAGGAUGUUUGUCAAUUUCCGCAGGAUACGAAAAUGCCAGUGCGUGCAGCUGAUGACCACCUGCCUGGUCCUGUCCGUGGUGAUGGUCUGCUGGGAGCAGCUGGACAACAGUGUCGUCAGCCACGUCAAGUCCUACUCCUACCGUUACCUGGUCAACCGCUUCACCUACAUCAACAAGAGCCUCACCAUCCCACGAGAGCAGGCCAGAAGCUUCAGCGACUUCCGGUAUCUGCUGGACCACCCAGAUAAGUGUGCUGGCAAGGACGUCCUCCUCCUCCUCUUUGUCAAAACGUCCCCAGAGAACACUGAGAGGCGAAAUGCCAUCAGAUCCACCUGGGGUAACGAGACCUACAUCCAAAACACACUGGGAGUGACAGUCAAGGUUUUGUUCGCCUUAGGGGCUCCUCAGGUCAAUACGGAGGAGCCCUCAUGGAGCAAGAGGAGCGGGGCGGAUUUUCAGAAGCAGCUCAUCCACGAAGACUGCCUCCAUGGCGAUUUGAUCCAACAAGAUUUUUUAGACUCUUUCCACAACCUGACGCUGAAGCUGAUCCUGCAGUUCCACUGGAUGCACCGCCGCUGUGCUCACGCCCGCUUCCUCAUGAGCGCUGACGACGAUAUCUUCAUCCACAUGCCCAACCUGGUGAGCUACCUGCAGGACAUGAGCAGCAGAGGUGUCACAGACUUUUGGGUCGGGCGGGUGCACAGAGGGGCGCCGCCAAUCCGCAGCAAAGACAGCAAAUACUAUGUGCCCUUUGAGAUGUACCAGUGGCUGUCGUACCCUGACUACACAGCGGGGGCGGGGUAUGUCGUCUCCAGGGACGUGGCAGACAAAAUCUACCAAGCCACGCUGACCCUAAAUGCGUCGCUUUACAUAGACGAUGUGUUCAUGGGCAUCUGCGGCAAUGCGGUCGGCGUGUCGCCACAGGAGCACGUUUAUUUCUCAGGUGAGGGCAAAGCGCCCUACCACCUGUGUAUCUAUGACCAGAUGAUGACCUCACAUGGUCACGUGGAGGAUAUCUAUGACUUGUGGAGGGCGGCGACUCACCCACAGGUGAAGCAGAAGACCUCUGGACUCAUAGGGAGGCUGUACUGCACAGCCGUGAAAAUGGCGCUCCUUUGUAAACCGUACUAUUUUAACACCUACCCAUGCAAAGCAGCCUUUUUGUAGUAUCACGUCAAGGUUUGUGUAUGUGUGAGAUAGAGAGUGAGGGAGUGUGUCAUACGUCAUAAUGACAGGAGGAUCAUUGCUGCGAAUAUUACCUCAGUCCUUUCAGUCGGACACCCAUGUUAAAAGACUGGAGUGUGUGUUUCCAGAGGCAAAGAGACCAGAUGAUUCAUGUUUGUCACUGUCAGAGAUCACCAACACGUCAUUGGUCAUGAUUUAAUAACACUGGCUUUGCAUUGACAGCAGAAUGUGUUCAAAUAGUUAACAUGUUGUCCCAACUCAAACAAAUGGGAUUUUAAUUUAUAAAUAAUUUAUUUCCCAUCUCAGCCAGUGGAUUCAGAGAGUACUUCAUCCUCAUCUCAUAUUUUAUUUCCGCUGCUGUGAUGCAAAAUUUUGUAAUAUUCUAAAAACAUUUUCUUCAUACAGACAUUGGUAUUUACCCCUCUCAUUACUUUAAAAUGCAGAAGUAACUCAUGCAGUUUAGACGGUGAUGUGUCAAAUCUAAAAAUGUCUCCGUGUCAUAAAGUGCAAAAUUCCUCACAGGGACGUAGAAUAGAUGAGUAAAUGAUAAGACUUUACAGUUUAUGUACUGAAAAUAAUGAUGUUAUGAUGAACAAAGUGUGGGCUCUAAAUUGAAUAUUUUCUUGUUAUAAGAUCUUUUUUUGUAA